AUGUCUUCCUCCGCACCCAGCCCGACGCCAACCUCUUGGAGCUGCGGCAGCCAGCUCUACAAUAUCCCGGUACAAGAUGCUGCCUGUGGGGUGCCUGCGAUAGACAACAGCACCGAUAUCAUGGUUGCAUGCUGCGGUAACGUCGAUGUCGUCUCCUACUACGACGGGUGCGGCCUCUACUGCCUCGCUGCGGGCCAGAGCGUUGGUGAUCUCAGCCAGUGCAUACAGGAUAAGGGGCUAUUCCCUGGUUACGUCUUCUGCACCCAGAGCUCCAACGCUACCGCUACCGACACGGGCGCCCCUUUACCCACCUCGGCCAAUGCCACCGUCGUCGCCUCCCAUGGCAGCACCGCGAGCCCAACUAAGAGCGGCGGAAACAGCGACAGCACCUCGACAGAAACUCCCGGUGCCGCCGCCGGCCUCCGCCCCGAAUACACUACCGUGGGCACCUUGGGAGCUACGAUCGUAGCCCUGCUCUUCUCCGCAACAGCAUUCGGUGCUUUCCAGCUAUAA